GCUCAAACCGGUGAGUGUCGCUGUCAGUCGCUGCCAGACGCUCGGAGGAGGCGCACACCAGCAUCAAGCUUAACAACGAUAGCACUACCAAACCAAGAUGGUCGUGGACAUUAAGUCGGUUUUGAUCGUCGACGGGGUUGGCGCCAAGUGUGCCGAACUCCUCAACGCUUACGGAAUCGCCACCACCACCAAGGCCAAGAUCUCCAAGGAAGAACUUCUUAUGGAGAUACCCAACCACGACGCUCUGGUUGUGCGUUCAGCAACUCAAGUGACCAAAGAGGUGUUGGACGCAGGCGUGAAGCUGAAGGUGGUCGGUCGUGCUGGAGCUGGUGUGGACAACAUCGACGUCGACUCCGCCGGUAAAAAGGGCGUCGGAGUGAUCAACGCUCCGGGCGCCAAUGCGCUGAGCGCGUGCGAGCUGACCUGCACGUUGAUGUUGGUUCUGGCUCGCCACGUGGUCCCAGCUUCCACUGCGCUGAAGGCUGGCAGGUGGGACCGGGCUCUGUACACUGGCAGCGAGCUCGCUGGCAAGACCCUCGCCAUCCUUGGCCUUGGCAGGGUCGGCCGCGAGGUGGCCACUAGGAUGUACGCCUUCGGCAUGAACAUCAUCGGAUUCGACCCUUUCGUGUCUGCUGAUCAGUGCGCCCAGUUCCAUUGCACCAAGAUGGAGCUGGAGGACAUUUGGCCUCUAGCGGACUACAUCACCCUGCACACUCCGCUCAUUGAGUCUACUCGAAACUUUAUCAAUGCCGAUGUCUUGAAGCAGUGCAAGAAAGGUGUGAAAAUCAUCAACGUGGGUAGAGGCGGGCUUAUUCAAGAGACAGAUUUCUUGCAGGCUCUGAAGUCUGGAAAGGUGGGCGGGGCUGCUCUGGACGUGUUCGAGCAGGAGCCGCCGACCGAUCCUGUCACUUUGGAGAUUAUUCAGCAGCCUGCUGUAAUUGCCACUCCACAUCUGGGGGCCUCUACUAAGGAAGCUCAGGUGAGAGUUGGCCAGGAGAUUGCUGAGCAGCUCGUGAACCUGGUGAAGCCGGGAACAUUCCCGACUCUGCUGGCCGAAGUCACCCGUGUCUUGAACAAGUGAACGUUAAACCUACGUUUUAACGGUUUUUUUUUUCUCUUUUUUCUUUCAUUAAUUUUUUGCCUUAGCAUUUUUUUUAUAAUUACUUUUGUGUCUUUUUUAUUACUUUAUUUUUCAUAUUUACGGCGGAGUUUUUUUGAAGUAAAAUUUAUUCAUAUUAAUAUUAUUUGAGAUAGCACUUUAAUAAUGGUUUCAUUAAAUCUUCGGUCCUGAUUUAUCGAAACAUAUUUAAUGAUCAAUUAGUAUAUUGAUUUUAUUAAAUGUACACGUUUUACUUCGCGCACCUAAGAAGUGAAUAUAGGUGUUCGUUUGAUGUGUGAAUGUGUUUAGUAGAUAAGUUAGUUUGAUAAGUUCCUACCCUAUUGCAUUUUUAGUUGUCUAAGUUUUUUUUUUAAUGUUAGUAACACUCACGUAACUUGACAGAGAACAUUAAAUAUUGUUCAUACUAGAUUUAAGUGAGCAAUGUUGCUCAAAUGACAUUGCAGAGCCGCGUGUGUCAUGCUUAAAUGAGCGUCUGACUUAUGCUAGUUAAGAUAGCACUGUGCUAAGAUGCUGUCUGUGGAUGAUUAGAUGCUUUGAUGCAUUCAACAGGUUGAGGUAUUACGUAUGCAAAAUAGAGAUGCUUCCCUGGCUUAUUUUCGAUGCGACUUUUUCUUUACAGUCUGGAAAACACUCGUGCGAAAAUAAUUCAGGCUUUAUUUUCCAUCUAAUAUCUCCCGUUCGCUAUGCAUUAACUCAUUCUAAUCUAGUAGGCAUUUUCGUGCUCAUUCAAUGCUGUGUAUUAAUUUAGUGCACCAUUUUAUAGAAUUAGUUAAGGCAUCGUACAAUUUAGAAUAAGAACUAUGAUUCGAUGAGGUAAAUAGAAUAACAAAUACGGACACUCCAAAAGGUGUAAUACUAUAAAGUGUUAAGUACAUUAGUUAGUAAGUUUUGAACGUGGAAAUGAAUUUCCCCCGUUUCUAUUUUUUUGUGGAACGUUUUUAUUAGGUUUUAUUACGAACGUACUCGGUCCCUUUAUUAGUUUCUAGUUUUUUGCUAUUUUUCGUUCCUUUGAUAUGCUUGCCCUAACUCACGGAAUGAAAUGUUAUGCUUUUUUUUUAGUAAUAAUAAUUUUGUAAACCUUUUUUUCUAACCGUAUGUUUUAACUAUCCGUUUUUGCUUUUCCUAACAUUUUUUGCUAUUCCUUUUAUUUUUAAUCAAACGUGAAUCGUAUACUUCACGUGGAACGUAUACCGUACUUUUUUUGUAUUUUUGGUAUUUUAUACCAUUUUUUUAUAUUUUUGCUUUUGUAGUGCUUUUUUGUAAAAAACAAAAAAAAAAAAAAAAAAAAAAAACAAAAAAAAAAACAAAAAAAAAACAUGAAGUACCAAUUAAUUUGGAAUGAACAGCAAAUUUUUUGGUGCCUUAUGUCUUGCGUGUCUUAACGCCUUUAUUUCUUAUUUUUUUAGAAUAACAUGUUUAUUUUUUACUUUAGUGUUACAAAAAUUGUGAAAACCUGUACUGUGAGUGUUUAACUAUCGGGACAUUGAGUGGAAUAUUCGUUGGUACAGAUUUACACGGUUUUUUGGCCAGGUGUGCCGCCUUUUUUUUACAUUUACUUAUUUUUUUCAUUUAUCGAGAAUUUUUAAUUUUUUCUUUACUUUUGUGGUUCGUAGUAAAGUAGUAAACAUGGUUUCUCAUAAGUUGUUACUCACUCGAAUGUGGUGGUGAUUUAUCACGACUCGUAAGCUAUAAAUUGUCGACUUAAAUUUUUAACACCCCCCUCCAUAAAAAUUAAAUUCGUCAAUUUAUCAAAACCAACAACACAUGGGAGCCAAUGUUUAAUAUUUUACUAUUUCAUUUAUGUAACCAUUCUAGAUUUAAUUUCUAUUAUCGCUUUUGUAGUGCUUGAAAAAAUAAUAAAAACACAAAAAAAAUA